CAAACAAAGCACUAGGACACAGACAUCAGUGGGAAUCCUGAUUGUCGGUGAGAUACGCAACCGUGUGAAAUCCCACUGUUGGCAUGGGAAAGCAUAAGUGGUUGUGUGGGCUUUAACAUGAUGACGCUCGGAGCCCUUUCCCCCUGGAGGAUAAUGGGUUGAAAUGUGGUGAGGCUGAGCACAGGGAAGACACAAAGCCGCACGCUUCUCCAGAGGAAGCAGAAAACUGCUGCUUGUGCGCACAGAAUGAAUAUCUUUUUCAAUUUGAGGGGGACAGUAGUUAGACAAGUGGCAGAAGACAGAGCGGCUACAGGUAAGCUUUAAGAGAAAAAAAAACAGUUUGUGAUUGUCGGACUGCAUGCUUUCUGGAUUUUUCAGGAAUAGAUAUUUUUCAGCAUCGCUUGGAUGGGUUCUCUGGCAAAAACAUCAGGAGGCUUAAUAUAUUUCAAUGUAUAUAUUUAAAAUGUUUCAAUAAUAUUUUUUUUGUAUAAAUGCAAAUUGAUAUUUUGUUAUUCAGGGGAUCGGUGUUUAAAUAUUGGGAUAAAACUCCUUUAAAAAAAUCAGAGGAAGCAUCCUAUUUGCUAAAAUGAUCAGUUUGAUCGCAAUGGACCAAAAAAAAAAAAAAAGACAUUGAUAGAUAUCUAGAAUCUCCUUAAAGAGAGUUUCCUCUCCUCAGCCCCAGAGCUGAACUGUUUCUAACUUGUCCGGUAGAUGGCGAGACGCAAGCGGGUUUGAUUCCAGAUUGAGACAAACGGCGGCGUCCUGCUGCUGCUGCUGCGUCCGAGGGAUGAAAAGAUGCUGAUGCUGAUGCGGAAGCGUGAGAGGCAGCAGGACCGCACGCGCUUCGGAUGUCCUCUGUAGACGCGUCGGCGGAGGACCGCAGCGCGGGAAGCCUCGAUCCCCGGCGCUCGUCCACGCUCAGGCGCGUUAUAUAAGGGCACCGGAUGAAGGUUACUUCCGAGCGGACGACAGGAAGGCGCGUGGAAACCUCAAGUUUUUGACACCAACAAUCUGCUUCCGCGAAGUGAUGUAGUUCGGAAAUCGGGAGUUACAAAGUUGUUGCUAAGCGACGGGGGUCCUGCCCCGCGUCUGGGGGCUGGCGCAGUGAUAUGUCCAUCCAACUCCAGGUGUGUGGGAAAUUUGGAAUUUUCCAAUCACCUCUUCCGUUCCGAGCGCAUCGAUUGACCUGUAAACUGCGACCAUUCUGAGGCCAAAACAUGCGCGACAGGCGGUGAAUAGGACUGCUGGAUGGUUUAUUUUAAGGACUUGUGAGCUUGGAUGGUGCGCUGGAUUCAGGCGCGUGUCUGCGGAGCAUGAGGAGACUCUGGAGGAGCUGCUUCGGCGGGAACCGUCGUGCGUGUGACAGCCAGAUGCGUGAGCUCAGAGCAAAGAGCUUCUGUGUAGGAUGAUGGGACCCCGGAUGGACGCGACUGCACAGCCAGGUAAACAGCACAAAAUUCAGUCAUGAGUCCUCCACGGCGACCAUCCAGUUCCCAUGCCGACAGGCCCUCCGAGACCCUGCAGAAAAACAAUAGCAGCAACUCAGGUGUGAUCCUGGACAUCUCCACUCUGAAGAUGGCAGAUGUGGACUCCGAGGUGCCUCCUCUCCCACCCCGAUACCGCUUCAGGGACUUGCUUCUGGGGGAUCAGACGUUUCAGAAUGACGACAGGUAUCAGGAGGAGUACAGUAUGGACUCAACCAAUGCCCAGGUGCAGGUAGAGUUCUAUGUCAACGAAAACACCUUCAAGGAGAGGCUGAAGCUCUUCUUCAUCAAAAACCAAAGGUCAAGUUUGAGAAUCCGUUUGUUCAAUUUUGCUCUGAAGAUUCUCACCUGCGCCCUCUACAUCCUGAGAGUUAGUCUGGAUGACCCCAAGGAGAUCAAUCCACGUGCAAUGUGUCGGAACAGCAGUUUCCUCAACGCGACAGACUCACGAGAAAUCAACUGGGAGCUCAUUUUCUGGGUGACCAGACGGGAACCUGUAUGGGCGAUACAGGUGACAGUGGCCUUAAUCAGUUUUUUGGAGACUAUGCUCAUAACAUAUCUAAGCUACAAGGGAAACAUUUGGGAGCAGUUUUUCCAGAUAUCCUUCAUAUUGGAGAUGAUCAAUUCCGUGCCAUUUAUAAUUACAAUCUUCUGGCCUCCACUAAGAUGCAUAUUUGUCCCUGUAUUUCUUAAUUGCUGGCUUGCCAAAGGUGCCCUGGAAAACAUGAUUAAUGAUUUCCACCGUGCCAUCCAGAGGACCCACUCUGCCAUGUUCAAUCAAGUGUUCAUUCUCAUCUGCACCUUGCUGUGUCUGGUUUUCACGGGAGCUUGUGGGAUCCAGCAUCUGGAGAGAGCGGGGAAGAACUUGUCCCUGUUUGACUCCUUUUAUUUCUGCAUCGUCACUUUCUCCACCGUGGGCUACGGAGAUGUCACGCCACAGAUCUGGCCCUCACAGCUGCUGGUGGUCAUUCUCAUCUGUGUGGCUCUGGUAGUCCUUCCACUGCAGUUUGAGGAGCUUGCGUACCUGUGGAUGGAAAGCCAGAAGUUGGGCGGGAACUACAGCCGGCACCGGGCGCAGACAGAGAAGCACGUGGUGUUGUGCGUCAGCUCCCUGAAGAUCGACCUGCUGAUGGACUUCCUCAACGAGUUCUACGCUCAUCCCAGAUUGCAGGAUUAUUACGUGGUGAUCCUGUGUCCGACAGAGAUAGAUAUUCAAGUCCGGCGUAUUCUCCAGAUUCCUCUGUGGUCUCAGAGGGUCAUCUACCUGCAAGGAUCUGCCCUGAAAGACCAGGACCUGAUGAGAGCCAAGAUGGACGACGCAGAGGCCUGCUUCAUCCUGAGCAGCAGGAACGAGGUCGACAGAACCGCCGCUGAUCAUCAGACCAUCCUGAGAGCCUGGGCAGCAAAGGACUUCGCUCCAAACUGUCCGCUUUACGUCCAAAUCCUCAAACCAGAAAACAAAUUUCACGUCAAGUUUGCCGAUCAUGUGGUGUGUGAAGAGGAGUUCAAGUACGCCAUGCUGGCCCUCAACUGCGUGUGUCCGGCCACGUCGACCUUAGUCACUCUGCUGGUUCACACCUCCAGGGGGCAGGAGGGGCAGUUGUCCCCGGAGCAGUGGCAGAGGAUGUACGGACGCUGCUCUGGGAAUGAGGUCUACCACAUCCGCUUGGGGGACAGCAAGUUUUUCGGGGAGUACGACGGAAAGAGCUUCACGUACGCCUCCUUUCACGCCCACAAGAAGUAUGGCGUUUGUUUGAUCGGCGUGAAGAGGGAGGACAACAAGAGCAUCCUCCUGAACCCGGGGCCGCGCCACAUCAUGGCGGCCUCUGACACCUGCUACUACAUCAACAUCACCAAGGAGGAGAACUCUGCCUUCAUCUUCAAGCAGGAGGAGAAGAACAGCAAGGGUCUGCCUGGCACUGGCCUCUAUGACGCCCCCUCCAGGCUGCCCGUGCACAGCAUCAUCGCAAGCAUGGGCACUGUCGCCAUCGAUCUCCAGCACCCCGACCCCCCGGAGGAGAGCAGCAAACUGACCGUUCCUGCAGAGAACGGCGCUGGGAGCAGAAGGCCCAGCAUCGCACCUGUCCUGGAAAUCGCCGACUCCACCGCCAUCCUGCCCUGCGAUCUCCUCAGCGACCAGUCGGAGGACGAGACCAACCAGUCAGACGAGGAAGGCUCCGUGGGGUCGGAUUUUGUGAAGGGUUACCCUCCAAACUCCCCGUACAUCGGCAGCUCUCCGACGCUGUGCCACCUCCUUCCACAGAAAGCUCCCUUCUGCUGCCUCCGCCUCGAUAAGGGCUGCACUCAUAACAGCUUUGAGGAUGCCAAGGCGUACGGCUUCAAGAAUAAGCUGAUUAUAGUCUCUGCAGAGAUGGCUGGAAAUGGUUUGUACAACUUCAUAGUCCCUCUACGAGCUUAUUAUCGGCCCAGGAAGGAGCUCAACCCCAUCGUGCUGCUGCUGGACUACCCGCCGGAUAACCACUUCCUGGAGGCCAUUUGCUGCUUUCCUAUGGUUUACUUCAUGGCUGGAACCAUCGAUAACUUGGACAACCUGCUCCAGUGUGGAAUCAUCUACGCUGACAACCUGGUGGUGGUGGACAAAGAGAGCACCAUGAGCGCCGAGGAAGAUUACAUGGCAGACGCUAAAACCAUCGUCAACGUCCAGACCAUGUUCAGGCUGUUCCCCAGCCUCAGCAUCAUCACUGAGCUCACACAUCCGUCCAACAUGAGGUUCAUGCAGUUCAGAGCCAAGGACUGCUACUCGCUCGCUCUGUCCAAACUGGAGAAGAUAGAGCGGGAUAAGGGCUCCAACCUGGCCUUCAUGUUCCGCCUGCCGUUCGCCGCAGGCCGAGUCUUCAGCAUCAGCAUGCUCGACACGCUGCUUUACCAGUCGUUCGUCAAGGACUUUGUGAUUGCCAUCAUGAGACUCCUGCUGGGCCUGGACACCACGCCUGGUUCCGGUUACCUGUGUGUGAUGAAAAUCACAGAAGAGGACCUGUGGAUCAGAACGUACGGCAGACUCUUCCAGAAGUUCUGCUCCUCCAGCGCGGAGAUCCCCAUUGGGAUCUACCGCACCGAGUCGCACAUGUUCUCAACCUCUGAGGCCAAAGAAAGUAAAAAGCAGUCGCAGAUGUCGGUCAACGUGGACCAAGCCGAGGAGCUCCGCGAUCGAGGAGACUCCUGGAAAAAAAAAGCUCCGAGGAACUCCACCACGAGUGACCAGUCGGACCACCCCCUGCUGAGGAAGAAGAGCAUGCAGUGGGCGCGGCGGCUGAGCAGGAAGAACAACAAGCCAGGGAGCCGAGCCGAGCGCAUCUCGCAGCAGAGACUCAACCUCUACCGGCGCUCUGAGCGCCAGGAGCUGUCCGAGCUGGUCAAGAACCGCAUGAAGCACCUGGGCCUGCCCACCGUGGGAUACGAGGAUGUCUCUAACCUCACAGCCAGCGAUGUCAUGAACCGAGUUAAUCUAGGAUAUCUUCAAGAGUUGCAGGACAUUUCAGAGCAGCCGUAUUCAGAGGGGACCAGGCCGGCAGAGCCACAAGCAGACGAGAUGAACGACCACCAGAACACGCUGUCCUACGUCCUCAUCAACCCUCCGCCCGACACCAUGCUGGAGCUCAACGACAUCGUAUACAUCAUCCGGCCCGACCCGCUGGCACACAUGCCAGAGGACUCACAGGUGGGCCCGACCCACAGCAGCCGGAACCAGCAGGACUUUGGCACCGAGACCAGAGACGAGACUCACCUCUGAGAGGACCGGGCUUCUGCUUGGAGUCUUGGAGCUCCGCCCCCGACAGGCGCCUCAGACCUCAGAGAGACCUGCUGACUCUCCUCACGUCUGUGACCCGGAAGCUGCUUGUGCUUGUGUGAAGCGUCCGGCCGCCCCCGCAGACGCUGCUCUGACCCUCGCUGACAAAACGUCCCGUUUCCGGCUCGUCCUCCUCUGCGGCGCUUCAGGAAGGAUUCGCUCUGAGAGCACAAACUCCUCCCACAACACGGCGGCCCUCCGUCGACUUUGUUGGUCUUUUUCCCGUUUGUGUCACUUUUCAGAUCCUGCUGCUUCAUGAUGGACCGAUCUGAUGUUCUCCUGUAACCUGAUGAAGAAAAGCCUCACUGCAGAACUCCAGGUUACCUGUCAUUUAUCUGGAAUCUUCUCAGCUUGUUUACACAGAUUUUUCACACAUAUACGUACAUUUUUCAUUCAGGAUUUAUUUAGCUGAAGGUUCUGGUUGACCACAGGGAGUUCGGAGCAAUUCAGGAGGAAAAGAAUCCAGAUGUUUGUAUUGAGAGAGUUUUAUCUUUCCUCCAGUAGAUGAAAUAUCAAAGAAUAUCAAAGAAUCUGCGGCUCAGAAAUAUUCUCCACUAAACUGAUUCAAAUGGUCACAGUAUUAAGAUCACCAACAUUACUGAAAGUCAAGCAUCCGAAUCUUUUAGGAAAAAUUCUUGAGACAAAUGUUCUGCUUAAGGAGGUCUGGAGGUCCGGUUCUGCCGCAUGAUGGAAGCUUUGAAGCAGAAGCUGCUCCAUCAACCCGUCAUUACCUCUUCACCGCCACCGUUUUCACAUUUCAGAGCUUCUGACACAGAGGAACGGACAGAAACGUGUUUGGUCUCUAAAAAUGUAUUUUCACUGCUCACCUUCCUAAACGCACCUGUUCUUCAAAACAAUGAGAUUGGUUGUUGAUUUUUUUACAUAAUCCCGACAGUUUCAAGUCUUUGUUUUGCAGCAGAUUGAGGAUGAGAUGAUUUUCCUCUCAGACUGAUGAGUUUUUUACUGUCCAGAUGAAUAAAAUCUGGCCUGUUUGCUGAAAAUGUGUUGAAAGCUCGUCUCAGUUUCUCCAGGUGUUAAUCUGACAACCAAUUCGUUUUUCGAUUCAUUUCCAGCAUUUCUGGUGGAUUCAGUUUUCAUUUACCGUAAUGAAAAAACAAACGUUUUUUCUGAAUUCUUCAUGAUUUUAUGGUUUUAUUGACCGGGUCUUUGCUUUGCAGGAGCUUCUAGUUUGUCUGUGAAAAGAAGUCUGACUGUUUUCCCCAGAAAAAUGUCUCUGAUUCCUCAAAGUUUCUCCAAACUGAAUUGGACGAUGGUGAACAUGAAGAGCUUCUCCGACAGUAUUUCUUUUGUAGCUGUACAGUGUUCGCCGACUGUAAAUAGAAACUUUUUUCAAACCUUUUUGUCUGCCGGUUCGUGUCAUGAAAGUGAAAAGGACUUGAACUAUUUUUGCACUAAGCUCUGUGGUGACGUAUGGAGCAGCACGACCCUUUAACCCACUCCUGUGGGCAGCAUUCAAGCAGAACCUCAGAGGCGGGAACGCCACGGGUCGAGAUUCAGCAGCAUCUGUCGAUGUUUGCGGGUUUCCUUUUUCCGGUCAAAGGAGAUUUAGAUGAACUCAGGAGAAGAUGUUCAGAUCAUUUCUGGUAAUCCUGCGAGUUUACAGGAGUGAAGGAGAGACUGAGGCUGCAGAUCAUGAGUCCAGGUUUCAUCAUCACCUCCCAGAAAACUUCACAUCUCCUGACGUCUUAGACACCAAACAGGGCAUGUUAUCGCUAGAACGCAUGUUUUUUAUGUACAAGCUUGCCAAGAACUAAAAACUUCGUACAUUCGGGACAUUUACGUCCGUCGUGAGACAAAAACACAUCCAGUCAGCUGCUUGCAAGUCGGAGCCUUUCUUUGAUACCUUCUAUUUAUAUGAAUGGAAACAUGCAUGUUGUCUUGGUGUUACCAAAAUUAUGUUUACCUUCACUUUUUCUGUCAAAAUGUUGAACCAUUUUGUACUAUUUAUUAUGAAAAGUGUUUUCUGCACACAGAUAUGAACAAAUAAAUGCUGCAUGCAGCCACACUGC